AUGUCUGAGGAAUCACAACGUGCUAUAGAUGAGGAGGUGGGAAGUCAUGCCCCAUCAGAACCCAUUGAGCCAGCAGUUGCACCAGCCCCUCAUGGUGAAGAUAGGCCAGGACAGGAUGCAUUUUUACAACAGUUGGCAGAUAUGUUUAGACGAGUUUCAGGGGCAGCACCUCAGGUGCCACCACCAGUUGCAGUACCUAUGCAGGCUCCUGCUAGACCACCAAUAGACAAGCUUAGAAAAUAUGGAGCUAUGGAAUUCAAAGGCAGAAGAGAAGAUGAUGCUCCAGCAGCAGAGUACUGGCUGCAAAGUACAGAGAGAGUGUUGCAGCAGCUUCAGUGCACACCACCAGACAGUGUGGCUUGUGCAGUUGCUUUGUUACAAGAAGAGGCCUAUCAGUGGUGGGACACGACAUCACAGACAGUUCAGUCUGAGCAGCGGACUUGGAAAUUCUUUCUGGCUGAGUUUCGAAAGAAGUAUAUAGGAGAUUUAUAUAUGGAUGAGAAGAAAAGAGAGUUCCUAUAUUUGAGACAGGGCAGGAUGACUGUUAGCGAGUAUGAAAAAGAUUUCAUCAGACUGAGUAAGUAUGCCCAGGAAAUGGUGCCUACAGAGGAAGCUAAAUGUAAGAAAUUUGAGCAGGGUUUGCAUAAUGACAUUAGGGUGCUUUUGGCAGCCCAUUCCAUCAAAGAGUUCUCUACUCUGGUAAAUGCAGCGUUGAAUAUAGAGAAGAUAAAGAAGAAGAACAGAGCUGGAGACAGAAAGGGCAACAGAAGAGAGGGCAAUCCCAGAUGCAGAGGCAAUCCUCAGCCUCUCAAGCACCUAUGA